AUGAGAAAAAGAAAUAGUUGUUCGACAUCGACGUUACCCGUUCAAUGUGUAUUGUGGUUUAAUUUGCUGAUGAGUUUGUGUUAAAUAUUGGUGGAAUAUUGUUUAAAUUCAUGUGAAAUUACCGAAAUAUCUACCUGUCGAAUUUUUAACAUGGAGAACUCAAAUUCGGAGGGUGUCGUCCUACCGGACAUUUCCGAAGCCGAACAAUUAGCGAGUGAACACGAUGGCGGAGAUGAUGGCGUUUCUGUUGUUCCGAAAAGUGAGAAAGUCCCGGUCACGUUAUCGGUUCGACAUGGUGGUGUCCCAGUCUCUUUACCUGUUGGUUCCCUUAUUGCUAGUUCUUUUAAUGUUAUUACCCAAGAACAAUUAUCUCAGUUCAAACCAAUGUUAUGUGUCGAUAACAAUGGAUACUUAGCUACUGAUCCUACAAGUGGUGAAUUGAAAACUAUUGUAAUUCAACAAGAGGAAGUUGGAUCGAAUAAUACUUCUUCCAAUUCAAAUACGCCGAGUAUAGUUGGAUCCUGGAGCGAAGCAGCCAGUUUACCAGUUUUACCCGUCCGAUGUAAAAAUACCUCAGCAGUAUUACAUAAAAAUCGAUUUGGUUCAGGUGGCAGAGGGCGUUGUAUAAAAUCAGGUAAUCAGUGGUACACACCAAGUGAGUUCGAAGCGGUUUGUGGUAGAGCAUCCAGCAAAGAUUGGAAAAGAAGUAUUCGUUUUGGCGGCAGAAGUCUUCAAACGUUGAUCGACGAAGGUAUAAUACUGCCGCAUGCAACCAGUUGUACUUGUGCAGCUUGUUGUGAUGAUGAGUCUGCUACAGGCCCAGUUCGACUAUUCACUCCAUAUAAAAGAAAACGCAAAAGGGAACAUGAAAUCAGUGGCAAAAUGAGGGAUCAAAAUGGGCUUAGCGACAGUCAACAAUCUAAAGAAGAAGCAUGGCAAAAUUUGGCUGAGGGACUUGAUUCAUCUGAUUAUCAACUCAUGGACUCGGUGACUGUGUUAGAUCCAGUAUUAUCAGUUCGAAAAUUGGAAGAUAUUGCGAAUCAAAUCAAUCGUUUAUCAGCUGAAUUCAGGAGAGGAUUAGAUGAAUUAAAAGAUACCAUAAAUAGACAAAAUGACAAAUAUCAGCGGGAUAAGGAAGCAGCAGUUUUGGCAGCUAGAGUUGAAGCUCAAGUGGCUGUUCUACAGCCUGAUGGAACUGCAGAUUCAAUUUUACAACCCGCUUUAGAUAAUGAAAAUCAUAAGAAGUGUGCAAAUUGCAACAGAGAAGCCAAUGCCGAAUGUUCUCUGUGUAGAAGGACUCCGUAUUGUUCCCAAUUUUGUCAAAGGAAAGACUGGGCUUCACAUCAGGUGGAAUGUGUGAGAGGAGUUACAACAGAAGCAGGCUCUCAGCAGUCUAUAAUGCUAAUUGUUGAAAGCACAGACCAGCAAUAAGAAACAAUAUAUUUUUUUAUUGAAUAACCGAAUUUGUGUAUUUUGUACAUUUUUCUGUAAUAUAUAUAUAUAUACAUAGUUAGUUCAUAUAAUAUUCUAUUACGAUUUUUUCUGAGCACUUGUGAUAAUGGUUGAUGUUUAACCAGUCUAAAAUUAGUAGUUUAUAUGUUUCAGCUCUUACUGUUUCAUUGAAAUUUUAAAUAUUUAAGGUAAGAAUUUUUUGAUUGGUUUAUUGAAUUGAAUACAUCAUGCGAUAUGAUGUCAUGCACAAUAAUUUUUUAAGACUAACAGGAUAGAUGUUGUAUUUUAUUAUGAAAUUUUGGUUAUGAUCACACAAUAAAUAAUUUAUUA